CAGAUACUGUUGGUUCAUGGGGAUCUCCUCACAGGCGAACGAGUGAGGCAGUUACAGAAAUCGCGCGGCGAUGAGAGAAGCGUAUGGAAUCGCUUCCAGUUCAUCGUCUUCGUCAUGGGCUACUUCCACGUCAAGAUGGCUUGUGCUGACGCAUUAUGGCGCAUCUUUAUCUUACCUCCUGAUGCGCGUCAAGACAACCUGUCAUUGAUGUCAUUUGUUGCAGAAUUACGGCCGAAAGAGAUGGGCACCUUCGGCAGCAAGAGUGGCCCAGGAUUCCGUCGGAUGCACGAGGUCAUACAGCAUGUCGGUGCUGUAUGGAGAUUAAAUGUGUGGCGCAAAAAGCUCAAAUCGAUGAACUUUGCAACACUCGAAGACUUUGCCAGCUCAGACCCAUCGUGGGCGCAAAUCGAGCAGAUCUCCUUUGAACUUGCACGCGAGCAGGUUGCAACAGAGGACUUCUGGCGCCUGCGAUCAACAGAGACAGCAAAGCGUGACAAGCAACGCGAGAACGCACUGCUCCGCGAGCAGUACUUCCUAUUGUACGAAGAGAUCACCUGGGCGCUCAACGCAGGCGAUGUUGGUCGUGUCGAAUGUUGCCUCGUUCCGUGGGCAUUCUUGUUCAAGGCCUGUGGAAAGCAUAAGUAUGCCGCCCAUGUCUUGGAAUUCCUACACGACCUACAUGUUGUAUAUCCGAAGGAAGUUCGAUUGGCUAUCCAGAAAAACAUUCUCGUAAACCCAACUGGCCGAAAGAAUGCAUGGCGACCCGUUGAUUGGCUUGUCGAACACAAUAAUCUAUACAUCAAGCGAAUCUAUGGCGGUAAGAAUUCAAAUAGGACUGUAGCAAGGAUCAUGCAAGAAUCCUCGCUGAUCGCAACCUACAAGAAGAUACGCACGAACUUCGAGAAAAUGUUCGUGUUGGAUGGACGAUCCACGAAACAUACGACCCCGGACAUGACAAAAACAUUCGCGAAGUUGGCAAGCUACAUGGAUACACAUCGGGCCCACGCAUUCGUCGAAGGGCGAGAAACCAAACAUGUCAUACCAGAUAUGUUGGGGAAGGGGAUGAAUGACAUGAUGACGACACAUCACGUCCACGAAGGCCUGGGGAGUGUUUUCGAAGAAGAGGCGCGGCCAACGGACGACGACAUCGAGCUCGAUGAACUCGAUUGA